GCGGCGGAGGAGGCGAAAAUGGGCCGGAAAAAAAUCCAGAUCAGCCGAAUUUUGGAUCAGCGGAACCGGCAGGUGACCUUCACCAAGCGCAAGUUCGGGCUGAUGAAGAAGGCGUACGAGCUGAGCGUGCUGUGCGACUGCGAGAUCGCGCUCAUCAUCUUCAACAGCACCAACCGGCUGUUCCAGUACGCCAGCAGCGACAUGGACCGCGUGCUGCUCAARUACACCGAGUACAGCGAGCCCCACGAGAGCCGCACCAACUCCGACAUCCUCGAGACGCUGAAGCGCAAAGGGCUGGGGCUGGAGAGCCACGAGCUGGAGCUGGACGAGGGCCCGGAGCCGCCGGGGGACAGGGACAGGGACAGGGACAGGGCCCGGCGGAUCGGUGACGGCGCGGAGGUGGCGCUGGCGAGGCCCCGGUUCUAU